CUCAGAUCAAACAAACAUCAACAAACCUAAAUCAAAAUAAAGACUUUUUCCUUUUUCCUAUUUCAUUAACAUCAUUAAUGAUUGAAUUAAAAUAAAACCAAUAAUAUUUAUUAAAGCACGAAAUGCCUACUGUUAUCCUCUUGGACGUUUCUUUGUCGAUGACCAGACCAGUGCAGCUUUCCGAUGGUACCGAGACCACAAGGAAGCAGCUUGCCAUUAAUGGAAUUGAAGCUUUCCUGGACCAUUUAGGUGCACAUUCAAAAUUGGAGUUCAUUGCUUUGAUGGCCUUUUCAUCCCUAUACGAAGAACGAUGUCCUUUCACCCGAGAUACCAACCUAAUAAAAACCAAGCUAAAAAAUAUUGAUGACUAUGACAAAACGUGCAUAGAAACUGCUUUCCAUGGCGUUGGUCAAAUGGUACUUGGCGAAUGGGGUAACAAUACUUCUUGCCAAAUAAUACUGGUAACAGACGGAAGCACGGGUAUUGGCGCUAUGAGCUUAAAAGAGUCAUUGGCAACAGUGAAUCAAAGAGGCGUUUCUGGGCCAGUUUUUCCAUUGCCUUUUCCAUUUCCAACUAAACUUCAUGUAGUCUGCAUUGCUGGAUCUAAUGAGCCAAGUUUUAUUAAAUCCAAGCCUCUUUACCAAAAACUAAUAGACUAUAGCGGAAAUUUAGGUUCCAUACAAGUACCAGAAAAUUUACAAACAGAAUCAAAUGUACUAACAAUAUUUCAAAAAUUAGCAGAAGAAAUGUACACGCCUUUCAAAGGAGUUUUAAAAUGCGGUAGCUUAGAGACCAAAAUUAUGUUAUCACCGACACCAAUGGCCCAUACAAAAACAACAGACUUUAGCACCCAAACCUACAACAUAUCAGAGAUAAUCAAAGUAUGUGGUUUCAUCCCCGUUCCAGAUAUCAGUUCUCCUAUGGCACUAAGUCGCCAUUUAAUUCUUCCUGUGAGCUCUCAAAAGCAAGAAACUUCAAAUGAGUCGGGCACAACUGACGAUAAUUUGGUUAGCGAUGAGUCUAAUACCCCCUCAUUUUGUGUACUGCUUCAUGGAGCUUUGAAAGUUGAAAAUAGAGCUGCUUUGGUUGAGGUCGGACAUAAUUGGUUUGGUUUCGUGUACUCCUGGGCUGAUUCUAAGAAAAAAAGCAAUUUGAUGUUGACCAUUUUACCUCCUGGAAGUGAUGUUAUACCUUGGCUAGGAGAUUUAAAUGAUUUAGGUGUUGCUGAUAUGUACACGCCAGAGCAAGUUGUCGCUUUUCCAAUAAAACCCAGCGAAAAACGGAGUUAUUCACAAAAUGGGGUUGUUUGGAUUAGGCAAGCAGGCUUGCAAUCUGAUAUACAAAAAAUAUUACGUCAUGCUAGGAAAUUACCCGACAAGACUCAACAGUUUUAUAAGGAAUUAAAUAGAUUGAGAAAGGCAGCAAUUUCACUAGGUUUUCUGGAACUUCUCACUGGGUUGGCAUACAUUUUCGAGCAGGAAUGUAUGCAAUUGCCAGGCACAGCGCAUCCAGACUGCGCACUGCAAUUGCAGCACGCGGCAGAUUUAUUGCGCAAAUCUCAAAAUCGUAAUAUUACUUUUGUUUUAAUGCCUUUACAAACUAAUUAUAAUGCGUCAUAGUGUUGGGAGACUUUGCUUGAACUUUCACCUGCAAAUAAAUGUAAAUAAAAAACGCGCCUGACGGGUAAUUUGAGAUUUAUUUGAAAAUUAUGUUUCCAGAUUUUUACAACAAAAUAACUUUUUCACAAUAGCUUGUUUAACAGUAACAACAAAAAAGUAACAAAUUAUGCCCCUGAAAGUAUUGCCACAAUAGUGUAACAUUAUUUGAUAAAUAUUGAGGAUAUUAUUAUAAUAAUAGUUUUCGAAAAUAAAAAAUUCCCGUAUUGUUACAGACAUAAUAAAAAAGUGUCUCUGAUAUGAAGUGAUUAUAUAAAAAAUCGUGAAAAUUAGUGC